UUAAGCUCCUUCUUUUCCUGCAGGAAAUUCAGGGUAGCUUGGUCUUUGGGCACAGUGAUCAUCCCCUGGUCUCUGGCAACCUGGAUUGACAACUGGACUUUUUCUCUGCAUAACCAAUGUUCUGACCAGUUAGUAGGCAUUGUCGAAGCCUUCAGGUUUAGAGGGAACUUUAAACUGUGGGAAAUGCCUUGAGGGUCCAGACACUCCCUCAGAGUCUGUCUCUGGCCUUUGUCGUUUCGGUCCACCCUUUGGGCUUUGGGCUUUGGUCAUGGGAGAGCAGCAUCUGUAUGGCUUCAAAGUGACUGCCUUGGUCUGGGCCUUGCACGGUUCAUCAACAGUUAUCUAUGAGGGGAUUUUUGAGUUUUGUUUUCCAUUUUUAGUUUUGUUUCAUCCUCUCACGCCCCCAGCCACCAUGGAGUCCAACAAGGGGAAGCUGUAUGUUAGAACCAGUGUCUAACAGCUACAGGGGUGGUGACAGGAUAUACACAACCAAUAGCCAUUAUAAUGGUACUCACAGACCAGUGUGAGUGCCAACAGCAGCAUGACUGCUUGACCCUAGCCUCCUGAAGGGGACCAGUCGAUUGACCUACCCCUCCUGCUGGAAUAAUUGACCAAAGAGGUGUGUUGCUAGCCACAGGGUGUACUCAUGCAUGACAUCGUUCAACCUCCAGGACUCCCAUCUCCACAACGCACAAGGCUGCCAUGCACGGCAAACACAUGGGGAGGUGUGAACCCGUAGGGAGAGACAAGAGGGGAUGCCCUUCCACCUAUAAGAUAGGCAAUACUCAUCCCUCUGAAAUAGCCACUCAAAGGCUGUUGUCACCUCAGUGUGGGAAGAGAAGCCCUGCACCUUUUCAAGACGGUUCCUACAUCCACGUGUUCUUCAGCCAAUCAACAUACUCGGCCGCAGACCUUACAUUUCCCAUAUUGUAAUUAUACCACAUGCUUGGCAAAAAAUAGACAAACUACUCCGCACCUCCAAGUUUGACUCUCCUUCCACUCUUGGCCUAGGCUCCUCAUUGAUCCAGCCUAGGCCUCUCCACAUUGGUGACCCUAAAUGACAUUAACACUGGCGCAGCUACCCUUUUCACUGAAGUCUAUGCCGCCUCUAUCCACCUCCCACCCUUCUCGCCAAAUGAAGAAGCCCUCACAUGGUUUUGGCUAGCCGAAACCCAGUUCAGGCUCAAGAACAUAGUAAAGGCGACCACCAAAGCAGACUACAUCGCGGCUGUCUUGCCCGAGGAGGUUUUCCACUGGUUAGCCCCCUGGUUAGACAGCCAGCUGAAUGACAUCGAAUACAACAAGCUGAAGCAGGAGCUGUUGAAGGGUUUUCGCUUUCUUCAUCUGAGAGGGCACGUCAAAUCUUCAACAUCCGCAACACACCACUUGGAGACCGUACUCCAAAACAAGUUUGGCAAGGAAUUCCCAGUCUAUGCUGCCUCCCCACCACAGAUACACAAGCUACGAAUGGAAAGAAGAAGUUAAUGAGGACCCUGAAGUCCUAAUGAUUAUUAAGACACGGUCCUCUCGUUUGGAAGAAUUGACAGCAAUGGUUAAGGAAAACCAUCCCUAUGAAGUCUGUGAAGUCAUCUCUUCUCCAAUUGCCCAGGGAAACCCACCAUACUUGGAUUGGAUCGGUGAAAUUGUUCCAGAAAAAAAAUGAACAGCAAUUCAUGCAACAACUAAAUUUGAAAUAAAUUCAUGAACAUA